CACUCACGCUAUCGUGCAAUUUUUGUAUGAAAACGAAUUCGUUCGGGCACUAAAAAAGCAGUUUGAAUUUUUUCUUAGAGGUCCCAUCAUUGUGUGUAGUUCAACAGUUUCUGAAAGUACUACACAUAUGUGAAGUGGAACCAAUUUCACUCAACUUGAGAAUUUCAGGAACUGUUGAACUACACAUAAAUUAAAAGUUAUGUAAACACUGAGCUGAAACAGCAGCUGUGCAUUCGAUUUUACUGUUUGUUACAUCGCUCUACAUUGCCGUUAAAUCUAUAGUACGUAAUGAAAUGUGGUUGAAAAACGUUGCAUUACAUUCCCGACUAUUCCCCACCGUCCAAUCAGAAAUUGCCAACGUAUGUAGCCUAAGCCUAAACAAGGCUACAGCACGUGACAAGGGCGGUUUCUUAUCUAAAGCGGUGAAGUUAUACGUGACAAUGCCCUAGGCGAAUAGCUAGGUAAAUCGAAACCUAUUGCGUAGCAUAUCUCCAAUUUCUCAUGGAUUGCACUUUCCGGAAAAGUUGUCCCGGGAAAAGCGUCGAACACAAUGAAAUUCUGCGACAGAUUACAGAACAAUUGGCAGAAAUCCACUCCCGAGGAGAGAUUCAUGGGAAACACAUUUCGUCCCUCGCCGAAAUCCUUGAUUCAGCGCGAAAAUUGGAUAUUUCAAACGAAUCGUUGAGCGAAUGGCGGCCUGCUGAAGAGACGAAGACCGAUUUAAAACCAACCAAAGAAGGAGAUGUAUUUUCCUUGGGAUGCUACUUUUAUUACGUCAUCACCGGUGGACAACAUCCGUUCGGGAAAUCUGGCCAACGCGCCUUGUUUAUCGAAAACAAUUUGUAUCAUUUGGCUGGAUGUCGAGACCAACAACUUCAAACGCUCAUAGCCAAAAUGAUCAGUCACGAUUGCACAAAAAGGCCCACUUCAUCCGAAUUGCUUAAGCACCCAUUCCUUUGGCAUGGUAAAAAAAUAGAAGAGUACCUGAGGAAUGUGGCCGAAAAUAUCGACGAGAAGAGUGAUCAAUAUAAUAAAUGGAAAGGUACCAUUCUCUUGUCAGACAAAUCAAUUGGAGUCAACAGAGGUCAGAAGAAAACGUCAGUAAAGGUUACAAAUGUUGCUGCGGUUUUGAAAGAAAUCAAGGAAAAAAAAGCGAACCCAACAGAUUUGUGUCAAAUGUUUCCGAAUCUAUUUCCCUCUGUAUACAUUUCUGAAAAUACUGAAAGCAACGAAAUAGAGCAAGAAAUCGAGAAUGAGUCGCAGCCAGAAAUUUUCAACGACCUUUUGAUAGCGAAUGGGAGAUUUGGAAAAGUCGAAUCGGUUACGAAAAUCAAGAGACGUCAUGGUCGUCUCGGAUUGCAACACGUCCAUGUGAUUCAAUUUCAAAAAGAUUGUGAUGACACAAUAACGACUAAAUGGGAACGUUUGCGUUAUUUAAGUCAUCCGAACUGCCUGCAAUGCUUCUAUCUUGUUGAGAACACUUCAGAAAUUUGCAUGGCUUUCGAGCCAUUCAAUGAAACACUGGAGACAUGGCUUGAAAGAAGAGAUAGAAAACAAUUGGACUGUGAAACUAUAACUGACAUUCUCCGUCAAAUCACGAAAGGACUUAUGCAUUAUCAUACCAACAAGCUCACACACGGGAACCUAUCUUUAAGCCAAAUCGUAAUUUUUGAAAAGGAAUCGACCAUCGUUGCAAAAGUUGCGACACUUGCGUUAAGUCCCGAAAAAUCUUCUCCAGACCUGACCACAGCUAACAUGAAAAAUGACAUUCGGGAGCUUGGUCAAAUAUUUUCUCAUUUGUUGAGUGAAUCCCCGCAAGAAAUAUCACAAUCCCGAAUCCACCUCAUCCGAGCCAUGAAAGAAUCAGUUCUUCCAUCAGCAGCAUCAAUCCUGAAACACCCGUUCCUUUGGUCGCUGGAAAUGACCACAGCUUUUCUUCUUGCGGCUCGUGAUUACUACGUGCAUCAUCCAAAUUUCGACAAAAUAUCAACACUGAAUCCUGAUCAACAAAAUUUGAUAACAAAUAGAGUAGCUCUGCAAACUUUUUCAUUGCAAAUGCGCAAUUUGACUGCGGAAGAGCACAAUUCAUUUGUUGCGGAAUGGACGAAGAAGCGAUUUCCUAAAUUAGUUCUGCAGACUUGGCUCAGAUUACAAAAAUUCAAAGAGGUUUCUUCUGACGAAGAUUUGGAUCUCAGUUCCUUUUAUCACCCGAAUUAUGAUUUCCCUGCAUAUGAUGAGCCCAUAGAUGAUGAAACAAUUAUUGACAUCAAAAACGAUGAUAGGAGUCCACCACAAAAUUCGGAAUUCGGAAAAUCAGAAAUGCAUUCCCUUAAAAAGUGCACAAAAAGGAUAUUAAUAACCAAAAUGGAUCAAGAGACCAGUAAUUAUAUUAUGAAGCACAUCGACAAUUUAUCUACAAGAACAUCUCGUCCCUUGCCCGUCUCGGUCGUUGCUCAUCAAUCUGAUGACUCUUACGAAUCAACUUUCAAUGCAUUUAAAAUGGAAAUUGAAGCAGUUAUUUUGAAGUUCGCGCAGCUCUGGAAGAAAAAUGCUACACUUGCCAUUGCCGACAACUAUCAUUUAACACCAAUUUCCUCCGCUGCGCGCUUCGCUGCAAACAACAAGUCUCCUCAAAUCAUCUCAUUGUAUAGAAAAAACAAGGCGCUUCACUUCGCAGUAAAGAAUAAUUGGCUAACAAGAGCCCAUUUUCUUUUGCAAAGUGGAGCCGAUAUUAAUGUAAAAGACGUUUCCGGCAAGAGUCCACUUCACAUUGCAGUGGACAUGAACUCAGUUGAAAUGGUGAAACUGCUACUCAGUUAUCACGGGAAUCCAAAUGUUGCUUUCCCAGAAAAUGCUGAUAAUAUUAUCAUUGGUCGUGCCUUGCAUCUUGCAGUGGCAAAAAAUUUGCCGGAAUUGGUGGAAGUAAUUUUGAAUGCUGGUGCAGAUACCAAUCAAACAAACUGUAACGGUGAAACUGCGCUCCAUUUGGCGGCAGCAACACACACUCUCAGUCCCAACCGUCUACUCAUAGUGGAUCUGUUGAUCAAAAAAGGAGCCAACCCCAAUGUCAUUGAUAACCGUGGCCGUACAGUGCUUUACAGCGCACUAUUCAACAUGGCCGAAGAUGUUGCGAAACUAUUAUUGGAAAUGGAUUGCGCCAUCGAAGUUGUCAAUCAACAGGAAUUUGAAACGGGACUUACACCUUUACACUUGGCUGCUUGGCACAAGUAUGAAAACAUAACAACGAUGCUCCUUGCCAAAGAAGCCAAAGUAGAUAUUAAAGAAAGAAAUGGCCUAACGCCUCUCGAGUACGCUGCUGCAUUAAAUGCUGUUAAUGUGGCUGAACGUUUAUUAGAAGCCGACGCUGAAGGCAUCUCGCGAAACCAAGUUAAAAAUAUCCGUUCGCCGUUGCAUGUGGCAGCUGCAUACGAUGCGCUUGAAGUCGGGGUACUCUUCAUUUCAAAAGGAGCAGAUAUUCAUUCCAUUGACGGACUAUGUUUAACUCCGCUUCACUACGCAGCCUAUCGCAAAAGCACGCGUUUCAUCGAAUUUCUUAAAGCCACGCAAGAAAACUGGCUUGAUGUAUCGGCAUCUGAUGAGAGGCAUCAGCGCAAACCGAAGCUGAAACGGAAUAAGGAAAAAAUAAACAGAAAACGCCUCUUUCGUCCACGAAGGCAUCAGCCAGAAAUUCGGCGGAAACGCCAACCACCAAAUCAACAACAAUACCACACAAUACCUAACCUGAGCAAAAAUCUCAGCCCUGAUGAGUUGGCGUCAAUCCCGCAGUUAAUCGAUUGUUUUAAAGUCAUUAGCUCGGAUAUUCCAAAAUUUCCGAUAAACAAUCCUUCGUCUGUAACCUCGUUUGUAACUGUAAAACAACAACAAGUGAUAAAUUUAGCCCCUAGACACGGUAAGUUUAUGGGGGAGGGGGAUAGUUUCAGUAAAUUUGAAGUUCUUGCGAAAUAACUUUGUUAAAUUUUACAUGCAUCAUUUUGUCUUUGUAGUGAAACAUAUAUAUUGUGUAGUUCUAUUGCCUAUUGCAUUAUUCAAUACACCAUAUAUAAAUAUA